CCUGGAUCCCUGCCCCUCUCUCUGUCCCGUGUCCUUCUCUGGUGUCACUAUGUCCACCGCAACCCCUAUCUUCGCAGAGGGAGAAACCUGCAAGUCUGCCUGGCAUAAUGCGACCGCUGGGUACGAUGACACGGACACCCACCUGGAGAUCCUGGGAAAGCCGGUGAUGGAGAGGUGGGAGACCCCCUACAUGCACAGUCUAGCCGGGGUGGCAGCCAGCAAAGGGGGUCGCGUGCUGGAGAUUGGCUUUGGCAUGGCAAUAGCAGCCAGUAAAUUGGAACAAUACAACAUAGAGGAACACUGGAUUAUUGAGUGUAAUGAUGGAGUAUUCCAAAGGCUCCAGGAAUGGGCCAAGAAACAGCCGCACAAGAUUGUACCUCUGAAAGGUCUGUGGGAGGAUGUGGUGCCAACAUUACAAGAUGGGCAUUUUGACGGAAUUCUGUAUGACACAUACCCUCUGACUGAGGAAACCUGGCACACACAUCAGUUUAACUUUAUAAAGAAUCAUGCUUACCGGCUUCUUAAACCUGGAGGAGUCCUCACAUACUGCAAUUUGACAUCUUGGGGAGAGCUACUCAAGACCAAAUACACUGAUAUUGAGAAAAUGUUCCAGGAGACACAGAUUCCUCAACUUUUGGAAGCUGGUUUCAAGAGUGAGAAUAUCAGCACUAGUGUGAUGGACUUGAUCCCUCCUGCAGACUGUAGAUAUUACUCCUUCCCUAAGAUGAUCACACCAUCUAUUUUCAAAGUCUGAGCAGAGCUGGAGACUAUCAAGAUGCAAAACACUGUUCAAACCUUCACUGACCAAGAGGCCUGCAACACAUUGCAUGAGAACCUACCUAUAGCAAGCCUCUCUCCCAGCGAGGAUAUGUGAAUUGUAUGUUUAUAAAAUGUUUAAUAAAGAUAUGCUUAUUUGAA